UCCACAGCGGCUCCUGGCACUAUGCAAGGCUGCCUGUGGAGAUGCAUCAGAGUCAUGGCAUCCUUAGCCAUCCUGGGAUUCUUUAUUCGAGAGAAUAAAUCAGCACGUGUCGAGCAUAACACAUCGCUGAGUGAAAAGGAGAAAAUAAUCCGGCAGCUAGCUCAGGAGCAAAUCAGCUCUGAAAUCAAGAACCAUCUGAAAUACUUCACCAAGAUGCAGAAAAGUUCCCGUGUACUCCAGCAUGCCAACUACACAUUCCUGGCUGGAACCUCUCUCCAGGGAAGGUGGCUGCUGACCGUGGGGAUCUCCUCAGUGCAGCGUACCACUGGGAGUUACCUCUUGGACACCCUGAAGUCCCUGUUCCAAGCUUCCACAGAACAAGACUUGGAAUAUAUGCUGGUAUUGGUCCUUCUGUCAGACACUGACCCCGAAUGGCUCAACCAAACAGUUGCCAACAUUUCAGGUCUCUUCCUGCCGCACAUUGAAUCCGGGAGGCUGGCAGUGGUCCACGGUCUGCUUGGUGGCUCCUUAGCAAAGAGCGUAAAUCAUACCUCACCCUGUGAAGCGCUUUAUUCUAGGCAGAAAACAAGUUCUGCCCUCCUCAUGAAUUUUGCCAGCAAUCUCUCUGACUACUUCCUGUUGCUAGGAGAUAAUGUGAGGUGUGCCCCCAGGUUUGUGUCUGACAUCUACUGGGCAGUGUUAGCCUGGGAAGAGCUCCCCUGGGUGACCCUGGACUUCUCUAGCAUGAAGAUCUCUGGGAAGGUUUUCCACACCAGGGACCUCCCCCGCCUGACCGCCUUCUUGCUCCUCUUCCCCAUGGACGUUCCCACUCACUUGCUUCUCUCUGAAUUCAGCCUUCUCCUGUCUCAAAAUGUUCCCAUUCACUUCAGUUCCUCCAUCUUCUACCACAUGGGCAGUUACUCUGAGUUUGAAGACACAUGCUUUCCUGUGGGGCAAGACAAAGACUUGGGAGAACCAGACAACCCUGUUGGUACUGUCUUCACGGACAUGUUCUCAUUUUGGAAUACGAUUCCACAAUAUGCCUACAUUCUCAAUGAUGACUGCUUAUGGGUCCUGAACCCUGAAAAAGGCAACUACUUGCUGGUGGUCCUGGAUAAGCCACAGAAAGUCAUCCGGGUAGCAGUGUGGACAGGCUCUGCUCAGACUAAGUUGAACUACUUACAACAGGGGCAAAUAUUGCUGGGCUAUGACCCCAUGGACUACCCCAAACGCUGUGCUCACUAUUCCUUAGUCGGACCUUUGGUGAGAGGUCAGUUGGACCAGAUGGUAUUUUAUGAGGAAGAUUCUGUGAUGGAGAUUAGUUGUAUAAAACUGCUGGUGACAGCAUCUCAUGACUUCCCCAUCAAAAUUGUACAGAUCAGAGUCUGGACGGAAGGGGAAGAAGAGGAGAAUUAGAGGUUCUGGGAGAUUUCUGCAAGGACUGGGUCUAGGAAGAGAGAAAUAAAUCCAUCAAUUGACCAAGAAUUUCUCCUCCUUGUGAAUACAGUGCCUAUGCAAUUUAUUCUCCAAAGUGGAACCCGCCACUGGUUGGUUCUUGUAAAAUUGACACACAAAGCCGGGCGGUGGUGGCACGCGCCUUUAAUCCCAGCACUCGGGAGGCAGAGGCAGACGGAUCUCUGUGAGUUCGAGGCUAGCCUGGGCUACCGAGUGAGUUCCAGGAAAGGCGCAAAGCUACACAGAGAAACCCUGUCUCGAAAAACCAAAAAAAAAAAAAAAUUGACACACAAACCUAGACAUAUCUGAGAAGAGGAAACCUCAACCGAGAAAAUGCUCUGUAACACUGGCCUGUAGGCCAGCCUGUGGGGCAUUUUCUGAAUUAGUGGUGGAUGUCACAAACAAAGGUGGAGUGCGCCUAAAACAUCACAACAGCUCAUCCUCUGGCCUCCUUAUGUGUGUGUGUGUGC